AUGAAACUUUACACAUUUACCAUUUGUUUGACUUUUGCCACCCUCUCUUGCGUCGCAGCAGAUCUUCCAUUGGCUAAGCCAUGUAACGAAACUGAAUGUCAAUUGCCAACGUGCAGGUGUUCCUCCGUGAACAUACCAGGUGGGUUGGCACCAAGGGAUACCCCACAGUUUGUCAUUCUAACUUUCGAUGAUGCGGUCAACGUCAAUAACAUGUUCAGCUACAGAUCGCUCGUUUACAACAGAUUAAAUAGUAACGGCUGCAAGGCUGGAGUUACAUUUUUUGUGAGUCAUGAAUACACUGACUAUACCCUGGUCAACGAGCUUUACAAUCAAGGUUACGAAAUCGCUCUGCACUCCAUUUCACACGAAGCUAACCAAGAAUACUGGAGAGAUGCUUCAAAUGAAACUUUAAUGCGAGAAUUUGGAGAUCAGAAAAUACAAAUAGCUCAUUUUGCAAAUAUUUCUAUAGACAGUAUUCAUGGGUUGAGGAGUCCAUUUUUUCAAAUGUCUGGUAAUUCGACGUAUCAGAUGAUGACGAAUGCUGGUCUUACAUACGAUUUAAGUUGGCCCACUAUUAAUUUUAUUAACCCCGGUCUGUGGCCUUAUACUCUUGAUUAUAAAUCCAUCCAAGAUUGUGUUGUUCCUCCUUGUCCCACUGCAUCUCUUCCUGGCCCCUGGAUUCUUCCCAUGAUUUCUUGGCGUGAUCUACAAGGAGUUCCGUGCUCAACAGCUGACACUUGCUAUUACAUUCCAGAUCGUGAUGAUGAAGAGGGGUGGUUUUCAUUUAUUCUUAGCAACUUCGAAAGACAUUAUUCCAAUAAUCGUGCUCCGUUUGGAUUCUAUGUUCAUGAGUGGUACAUUGCUGUAAAUCCUGCUUUAAGAGCAGCAUUUAUACGAUUUUUGGAUACGAUUAACCAUCUUAACGAUGUUUUCAUGGUAACUGCCAACGAAGUCAUAGACUGGGUAAAAGAUCCCAUUCCUUUGAACGAAUAUAUCACUAAAGAUUGUAGACAAUGGACUCCAACUCAGUGUAGACCCAGUUCCUGCAAUGCGAUCACAGCUAAUCACACAGAGAUGAUAUACUACUUGCAGAUUUGUAAUGAAUGUCCGAAUGAGUACCCGUGGGUCAAUAACCCUCUUGGACUAUAACAAGCUAUGAAAUAUUUUUAGAUAAAGUUUUUUUAUACAUUA